UUUCAAUUUACUCCCAAAGUGGUUUUUCCUCAAAUUAAAAAAGGCUGCUUCUCCCAGGUCUUCUGUUGUUUCUCUGGAGAGAGAGAGAGUUGAAUAGGAUAUCUUAUUCUUAUAAGAACCGCUUAUCUGAAAAUUUGGUUUUUCAGAAAGUCGUCCGCUUUCUUAGAGAGAGAUAGAGAUAGAGAGCUAGCUAAAAAGAGUUUUGUCUUUUGUUUCUUUGCAUUCAAUUCAACUCUCUUUUCCACCCCUCUCUCUCUUCCCAUCUUCCUAUCAAGCUCUCUCCAUUUAAUCUCAUAACCGACUCUUUCUCUCUCAAAAUAAUUGCUUUCCCACUUUUGAUCUUGGUGAUGAACUGGAGGAGAUGAUAUUAGUUGGAAAAAGCAGGUAGCGUGUAUUCCAUUAAUGGGGUUUUCAGGGACAAGAGAAGUAGAAGAAGAAGAGCAAAAAACCAAGCUUUUAAGGACUCCCUUUAUGGCUUCUCAUAUCAAAAGCACCAACCACCCAACCCAAGUAGAACAACAGCAGCAGCAACAACAACAACAUCAUCAUCAUCAACAACAACAACAGCAUCAUCAUCAUCAACAUCAACAGCAGCAUCAGCUUCAAUUACAAGAUCAUUAUCAUCAUGAAUUUUCUUAUGGAAUGAUGCAAUCAUCUUCAUCAUCCUCUAUCCCAGGAAACUUCAUAAACAAAGACACAGGAGCUUAUGAUCUGGGAGAAUUAGAUCAAGCCCUUUUUCUCUACCUUGAUGGGCAAGACCCCUCUACUGUACAAGACCAAAGACAGGGCCAAGGAAUGAGGCCUCCAACUCUGAACAUUUUCCCAUCUCAGCCUAUGCACGUAGAGCCAUCAUCAACGAAAGCUAGUACGGGGUUGGUUUCUCCAUCAAGUAGUGGUUCCAAGAGACCAUCAGAGCCGUCCAUGGAGUUGGCCAACGCACGCAAUGAUGUUCCCACAGGGCCUGAACCUGCCAAAGCUAUCAAGCGUGAAGGUAACCGCAAAGGUCCAACCUCAAGUUCAGAGCAGGAAGGUCCUAAAACACCGGAUCCUAAGACUCUGAGAAGACUUGCUCAAAAUAGAGAGGCAGCUAGGAAGAGCAGGCUUAGAAAGAAGGCAUAUGUUCAGCAGUUAGAAUCAAGUAGGAUAAAGCUUACGCAGCUGGAACAAGAGCUACAAAGAGCUAGAACUCAAGGAAUGUUUUUUGGUGGAGGAGCUCUUAUAGGAGGAGACCAGGGACAUCCACUUGCUGUGAAUAACGUUAGCUCAGAUGCUGCUUUCUUUGACAUGGAAUAUGCGAGAUGGCUCGAGGAACACCAUCGAAUCACUUGUGAGCUCCGAGCGGCUGUACAGGAGCAUUUGCCAGAGAAUGAGCUUCGACUAUUUGUGGACAAUUUCUUAGCACACUUUGAUGAGAAGCUGAAUCUUAAAAGCAUGGUUGCCAAAGCCGAUGUGUUCCAUCUUGUUUCUGGCAUGUGGAAGACUCCAGCCGAACGGUGCUUUAUGUGGAUGGGUGGAUUCCGCCCAUCUGAGCUCAUUAAGAUUCUAUUGAAUCAAGUAGAGCCAUUAACGGAGCAGCAAAUAUUGGGUAUAUGUGGUUUGCAACAAUCUACACAGGAGGCUGAAGAGGCUCUUUCUCAAGGGCUUGAGGCCCUCAAUCAGUCUCUCACAGAUACCAUAACCUCCGAUUCAUUGAGCUCUCCGCCUAACAUGGCUAACUACAUGGGGCAGAUGGCUAUGGCUAUUAACAAGUUGUCCACCAUUGAAGGCUUUGUUAGACAGGCAGAUAAUCUGAGGCACCAGAUGAUCCACAGGCUGCAUCAAAUCCUCACAACCCGUCAAGCUGCAAGGUGCUUUCUGGCAAUUGCAGAGUACUUCCAUCGUCUCCGAGCUCUGAGCUCUCUCUGGCUAGCACGUCCUCGACAGGAAUGAGAAAGAAAACCCAAUACCCACUUCACAUCUUUAAUCACUUUCCCUAAAUAUAAAUGCGAAUGUCUUUUUAAUUUCCCUUUUAUCAUUUCUAUAGAGAUGUAUAGAACAAUAGAUAGACAAGUUUAAAUCUUAAUCAAGCAGUAGAAUUAUCUCUCUGACUCUA